AUGCCUGUUGGCUUAAUUGGUUUUGAUUGGGAUGAAGAAAUAAGAGAUACCUUCUCAUCCACACCUCUCUCUCUCCCUCUCUCUCUCUCUCUCUCUCUCUACUGUUUUCAUCUUGUUGGUUUUAGCAGCAACAGGCGAUGUUUUUAUUGUAAAAGCUAUAGGAUUUUUGGAGCUCUAGGAAACUAAAUUUCAUAGGUUUGUGAAGAAGAAGAAGAAAGAGAGGCAUGGAUUUGCAGUGAUGAAAGCUUUGCGUUGACCUUUAUGUAAUAGGUUUCAUCAUCUUCAACUUUAUGUGAACCUUUUUUCCCAAUUUAGGGUUUUCUUUAAUCUGCAGAUAAUAAUCAAUAGCAAAAAAUAAUGAUGAAAAGCUGAAUUCUUGACUCAUCAAAAGAUAAAGGUGUAGUAGUAGCUAGCCUAUCUAGUGCUUUUAGAUUUAUAUAUACUAGAAAAAAUUAGGUAAUAAAAAAAAUAGGAAAAAAAAGAAUAAAAUAAAAAUGUUACAAGGCAUGGGAGUAGAUGAUUCUUUGUCGAAUUUAACGUCGGCGAUAUCGAAUGAAGCAAGCAUCAAUUCGAGCUCCAACGUUAAUGAAAUGGGUGGUGGAGGUACAAUCCCACAGCAGCAUAUGUACAACCCAUCACAGCCUCCACCUCCCAAGAAGAGAAGAAACCUACCUGGCAAUCCAGAUCCGGACGCCGAGGUGGUGGCGCUGUCGCCGCACGCGCUGAUGGCGACGAACCGGUUCGUGUGCGAGAUCUGCAGCAAGGGUUUCCAGAGGGAUCAGAACCUGCAGCUCCACCGGCGGGGCCACAACCUGCCGUGGAAGCUCAAGCAGAGGAGCAGCAAGGAGGUGGUGAGGAAGAAGGUGUACGUGUGCCCCGAGCCGAGCUGCGUCCACCACGACCCGGCUCGGGCCCUGGGGGACCUCACGGGGAUCAAGAAGCACUUCUUUAGGAAGCACGGCGAGAAGAAGUGGAAGUGCGAGAAAUGCUCGAAGCGCUACGCCGUCCAGUCGGAUUGGAAGGCCCAUUCCAAGAUAUGCGGCACCCGCGAGUACCGAUGUGAUUGCGGUACCCUCUUCUCCAGGCGCGACAGUUUCAUCACGCACAGAGCCUUCUGCGACGCCUUAGCCGAAGAGAGCUCGAGGUCCAUGCCCCAAACAGCCCCUAUCAACCACGCCCAAAUCCACGCCUUCACCAACCCUAAUUUCCCAAACCUCAAGCAAGAAACCCUAAAUUUCACCCUCCCGCCCUGGCUCUCCCCGAACGACCCGUUCGGGGAGAGCCCCUUCGCGGCGCCGCAGGCGCCGCCGCCUGCCGCGGCGCCGUCGCUGAUGUCGGCCACGGCGCUGCUGCAGAAGGCCGCGCAGAUGGGGGUGACCAUGAGCGGGGGCGGGGGCGGGAAGAUGGCCCCGCACCCGUACCAGCAGGGGUCGGAUCACGAGAGCCGACCCCAUCACCACGUGGGGUUCUGCGCCACCUCAUCCGCGGCUUCUACAGCUGGCUUGCAAUCACGUGAAGAGUUCGUGCAUGGCUUGGCCGCAUACGGCGGCGGCUGCAUGGAGAGCAUGAAGGAGAAUAUGGCCAUGGCCGCCGCCGCCGCGGCGGCGAUGCCGUCGACGAGCGGAUUUCAAGGGUUUGAGGAUAGUUUCAAUGGGAUGUUCAGUGCCAAGAGGAGUAAUUUGCAGAGCUUUAGUCAACAAGAUGGGCAUUUCAUGGGGAUGAGGAAAGAGGGCGGCGGCGGCGGCAUCGGCGGCGGCGGCGAUGAUGGGAUGACGAGGGAUUUUUUAGGGUUGAGGGCGUUCCCACAUAGGGAUUUUAGCAAUAUGGCUGGCCUUGAUCAAAUGGGGAGUUCAUCUAAUUCGUUUGAUCAUCAAAAUUGGCAAAGUUGAAUUUAGUUAUCUUUUUUUUUUUUUUUUUUUAUGUCCAAUUUUUUGUGGGAGGGAUUUUUGGUUGGACAUAUUAUUGAUAUUUUGUUGUGUUAAUUUGAUCAAAUAUGGAGUUAACUCUAUAAGAAGAGCUAAUGAAACAUCCUUUUUUUGUUUAUUGCA